AUGGACAGAGUGAACCGGGUGCUGAAGAUCGUGCGGAGGCUGUCCCCCAGGAAGAGGCCGAGAGGCUCUCAGCACCAGGCGGGGAGCCCGGAGACCUGCGAGGAGAGCUUGUGCUCCCUCAGCCUCUGCAUCGGAGAUGAAGGCCCUUACUCUAAGGGGAACAAGGACUCUGCUGGGACUGACAAUUCCCUGGCCUCCAGGAGACACAGCAUCCCAGAAGAGCUGCGGGGCGUGACGGUAGUGGAGCUUAUCAAGAAGGAGGGCAGCACCCUGGGUCUCACCAUUUCUGGGGGCACCGACAAGGAUGGGAAGCCUAGGGUGUCCAACCUGCGACCAGGGGGACUGGCUGCCAGGAGCGAUCAGCUCAAUGUGGGAGACUACAUCAAAUCGGUAAAUGGCAUCAACCUGACCAAGCUGCGGCACGACGAGAUCAUCAGCCUGCUGAAAAACGUGGGUGAACGUGUGGUGCUGGAGGUGGAGUACGAGCUGCCCCCUUCUGCACCAGACAGUACCUCAGGUGUCAUUUCCAAGACAAUCGAGAUAUGUUUGCACAAAGAAGGCAACAGCUUUGGCUUUGUCAUGAGAGGGGGCUCCCAUGAAGACUGGCAGAAGUCGCGGCCCCUGGUGGUUACCUACGUGAGGCCCGGAGGCCCCGCGGACAGAGAAGGGACCCUGAAGGUGGGCGAUCGCCUGCUGAGUGUCGAUGGGAUGGCCCUGCACAACGCCAGCCAUGCCGACGCAAUAGCCGUGCUAAUGCAGUGUGGCCAGGAGGCGCUCUUCCAGAUUGAGUACGACGUCUCCAUCAUGGACACGGUGACAAACGCCUCCGGGCCCCUGCUGGUGGAGAUAGCCAAGUCCCCCGGCACCGCCCUAGGUAUCACCCUGACCACAGCCACGCACAGGAACAAGCAGGUCAUCGUCAUCGACAAGAUCAAGGCAGCCAGCGUUGUGGACAGGUGUGGAGCUCUACAUCCAGGAGACCACAUCCUGUCCAUUGAUGGCACCAGCACAGAGCACUGCUCCCUCCUGGAGGCCACGCAGCUACUGGCUAGCACCUCAGAGGUGGCCAAACUGGAGAUCCUGCCCUCGCACCACACCCGGCUGCCCAGCAAACCGCAGGACACAGUGAAAAUACAAAAGAGUGACAAUUCCCACUGCUGGGACCCAUGCGUGAACUACUGCCACACCCAGCUCCCAGCUCACUGCAAGACCACCACAUGGACCUCCUCGAGCAACCCACCCAGCAGCCAGGACUACUCCAAAUCUCUGGUGUCCACAAACUUCUCUCCUGGUUCCACCAACACUUCGGGAUUCACCAGCCAGAACUCCAGCACGUUGCCCCGGCCUGUUCCCCCAAUGAGCCCGAGGAACUCCAUGCUGAAGAGGAGGCAGAGGAAGAAGGAGCACAAGAGCUCGCUUUCACUGGCGUCGAGCACUGUGGGCCCAGGAGGUCAGAUCGUGCACACAGAGACCAGCGAGAUCACGCUAAGGGGCGACCCUCUCAACGGCUUCGGCGUUCAGCUGCAGGGAGGAAUCUUCGCCACGGAGACCCUCUCUGCACCCCCGCUCAUCCGCUUCAUCGAGCCGGACAGCUCUGCCGAGAAGUGUGGGUUGCUCCAGGUGGGAGACAGACUGCUCUCCAUAAACAGCAUCCCCACGGAAGACGGAACACUGGAGGAGGCAAAUCAGCUGCUGCGAGAUGCUGCUUUAGCUAACAAGGUCACCCUGGAGAUAGAGUUUGAUGUAGCAGAGUCCGUCGUCCCCAGCAGUGGUACGUUUCAUGUGAAGCUGCCCAAGAAGCGAGGAGUGGAGCUGGGCAUUACCAUCAGCGCAAGCAAGAAGCCUGGAGAGCCUCUGAUCAUCUCUGACAUUAAGAAGGGGAGCGUAGCCCACCGAACGGGCACUUUGGAGCCAGGAGACAAGCUGCUGGCCAUCGACAAUGUCCGCCUGGUUAACUGCUCAAUAGAGGACGCCAUGCAGCUCCUGCAGCAGAGCGAAGACCUGGUGAAACUCAAGAUUCGCAAGGACGAGGACAACUCCGAUGAGCAGGAGACCUCUGGCUCCAUCAUCUACACCGUGGAGCUCAAGAGAUACGGCGGACCCCUGGGGAUCACCAUCUCGGGCACAGAGGAGCCCUUUGACCCCAUUGUUAUCUCAGGCCUCACCAAAAGGGGUCUGGCAGAGAGGACAGGGGCAAUCCACGUCGGAGACCGCAUCCUGGCCAUCAACAACGUGAGUCUGAAGGGCAAGCCCUUGAGCGAGGCCAUUCACCUGCUGCAGAUGGCCGGGGAGACGGUCACGCUGAAGAUCAAGAAGCAGGUUGACAACCCGGCUGAUAAGAAGGAGCUGGAGAAUGACCUGAGCGACAAUGAGGACGAGACCACAGACUCGCAGAAGACCAACAAGCUCUCGGAGAUCUACUCCACCACGAUCCCCAGCGUGGACUCCGCCAUGGAGUCGUGGGACGGCUCCGGUAUUGAUGCCGGCUACGGGAGCACGGGAACCUACGUCCACCAGGCCGCCGGCAUUGCCCUGCACCCUCAUGAGUGGCGUAGUGCAAAGCAGAGGAGCACCACACCCCCCACAGCCCGCCGUAAGAAUUACCCUUUCAGUGAUGGGGGCUUCAGUGAAGACGACUGGGACAAACCAACAGGAUAUGUGAGCCACCAGCACAACGACGGCAUCGUUCUGGAUCACGAGGAUACUUUUUGGUGCCAAGCUCUGGAGGAUUUGGAAACUUGUGGGCAGUCGGAGCUCCUGAGGGAGAUUGAGGCAUCGAUUAUGACAGGCAGCGCUCUGAGCCUCGGAGUAGAUGGGAGCAAGUCGCAUGCGGACUCGGUGAGCCAGCCCAGUAGCAGUCCCCUGAGGAAAACCUCGCACCUGCACAGUGAGGCCAAGACCAAGAGUACGUUGCGUGUGUCCGAGAAGACAUGGGAGUCACGUAGGAUCAAGGAGGAGAUGCAAGAGAUCCUGUCCCCAACCCCGCUGGAGCUGCACAAGGUGACAGUGAUGAAGGACCCGGAAAGUGAUGACUUUGGUUUCAGCGUGUCCGAUGGUUUCCUGGAAAAAGGUGUUUACGUUAACAUGAUUCGCCCUGAGGGCCCAGCAGACAGAGCGGGGCUGAAGCCUUACGACAGGAUUCUCCAGGUGAACCAUGUUCGCACCCGAGACUUCGACUGCUGCCUGGCGGUUCCCCUCAUCACAGAAGCAGGGGACAAGCUGGAACUGGUCAUUAGCAGGAACCCCUUGUCCCAGGGUUGUACGGGACAGCCGCAGGGCUUCAAGGAGGCCCCCUCCACCCUCCCAAACUCCCGAGAUCACAAGACAAGCUCCAUGGACCUGUGACCGAGAGCAGCAGCAGAGGAAACAUCGCUUGACGUCCCGCUAUAAUUUAGCGUAGCGCAUCCCACCUUGAAGGCUUAAUAUCCCGUCCCUGCAUAAAAACAGAGCAGGGAGUUAUCUUGUUUUUUUUAAAAAGGCUCCUUUUUUAAUUUCCAUGUCGUCAACAUUUUGUUUGUUUUCCUUUCUAGCACUUUCCAUCCCCUUGAAAAAAAGGAGUUAAAAAAUAGACUCAAGAGACCCAUGCUCUGAGACACAGAACAAUUACUGGAGCCUCUUUGUUUGUGGGCGCCAUCAGGUGCAGAAGACUCCCUGGCUGCUGGGCUGGAGAGUCAGGCCCAGACGUGCGGAGACAAAGGAGGGAAGCAGACUGCUGGGCCGCCGGCACUGGAGCCAAAGCGACAAAGGUACUGUUGAGCUUCUGAUCAAAGACUGCUUAAGAAAAACGGAAUCGCAUUGCGACAUUGUGAACUUUUUUCCAAGUCACCACUUUCUCUGCCGUGGGUGAAAUUCACGGUUUCUAAGAUGACUCUUGCAAGCCCUGUUCUUCGACUGCGCAUCGAACGGAAAGCGAGUGAAUGCGGAAGCGCACGAACACGCUCGUUGCCACACACUCAAGGUCUAGGCUUCUUAUGGGCUCACCCGGACUGGCUGUUCUCGAUCAUCUUAUUGCGCCCCUCCGUCCUCUUCCACCUGUCACCCUCGAGUGUCUGUCACGUUGUCACCUUCCCACCCCGUUCCAUGCAGUUUAAUCGUAAACCCUGGAAUACAUUCCUCCCUCCGCAAACUCAUGUGAACGUGAGUCUGCAUUGUUGCUCACGGUUGCUUGCCAAACAUUGCAUACAUUGCUCUGCUCUAUUUUAAAGUCACCUUGCCAAGGAGUGCUCUUAAACCUGGGCAUGACACACUCCCUGACUCUGGUCCAGUUUCCAGCCUUGUUCUUUGAAAGGUCACCGCAGUGCUUUUUAGCCUGAUUAACUCAGCGAAAAGCCACAUAUCACAGGCUUGUGAAACCUCACCUCCGUUUGUCCCGCAGUGGACAGCUUUAAAAAAAAGAAGGUUCCUUUACAAACUGUGAGGAAUUAAUGAUUCUUAAAAUGAAUGCGAUGUUAAGGCCUCUUCACAAUUUCACCGAUCAGUGUGCAAUAGAAGAAUGUGAUCUUUGGAUAACAAACGCACUUCUGAUGUGCAAAAAUGUGACCAGAUAUUGCAGUGGGUAUUACUGGUUGAAAUAUAACAGUUUCUAUCAGCUACUGGGUAUUUAGUUUUUAAUCGUAGUGUUUUACCAGAAUGGCAAAGUGGUAAGCAAUACAGCUGAGUUUUCAAAUACCAGGAAGGAUAUUGCAUUGCAUUUUAUUUCUUAAACAUUCCAGCAGAGUGUUAUUUCCGUGUCCCAAAGAAACAAGCAAGACUUAUCAAUCACAGUACGCAGCUGUUAAAUACCACAUUUAAUUUUAAUACGAUAACUAUUACUCAAUGAGCGCU